GGAUAGACUAUAUUAUCAAGUGCUAGGAAAAAAUUAAUACCAACAGGGAUUUUUUUACUGCAUUCCCGGGAAUGUUUAUACCUCCUCUCCCUUAGAUUUUUACUCAUUCCGUCCCCGUUGUCUAAAAUAGCCUUCUCCCCCUCCCCUUCGUUCUGCUGAAAUUUUCUUCUUCUUCGAUUUAGCUUAGAUAUUUGCUUCUGGCAUUCAUAUUUCAGUUUUUAUUUUUAACAUAUUUCUUGAUUAUGAAAGAACCCAGAGUGGUGUACCGCUUAUCCUUCACUUCUGGGCUUCUUGGUGUGAGGCUUCAAAGCAAAUGGACAAAGUCUUUUUCCAUCUCUCCAUUGAUUUCCCCAACGCUCACUUCCAUAGGAUUCCUCUUCUAUUCACUUUUUAAGCUUAUAAUGCAGGGUUCCUUUCCCAAAAGCGCCUAGCUAAUGGGCUUAGGCACAAGUUAUACUGAAGCCGUUGCUCUCAUUGCCACUCAGAUUCUCGAGUUUGUUCGUGAUGGUGACAAGAGUGUGACCGAAUUGAUGGACGUUGGCAAACAACUUUUGGGCAGGAGGCAGGUUCUUUCAUCGGUGCCAUAUUUAUUGGAUUCUGUUCAGUGCCUUCUAAUGAGGAACCCGAAAUGGAUGAUAAAACUGUUCCCGAUGAAGUGAUCCCAAAAGGUGGGACGAUUACACUUAAUUCCGGGAGGAGAGCAGUAAGCCUCAGAGUCACUAACAGUGGAGAUAGGCCGGUUCAGGUAGGAAGCCAUUAUCACUUUAUCGAGGUAAACCCUGACUUGGAUUUCGAUCGAAAUAAAGCAUUAGGCAUGCGGCUAAAUAUACCAGCGGGAACAGCUUAAAGAUUUGAGGUCGAGCGAGCAUUUUAACCUUCAUAUGUUGAUAAGCUUGUUGUUUGAUCAUUGAUUAAGUUAAUUAACGGUUAUUCAUUGAUCAUGUUGUGGGUGUUGGUUAUGUAUAUGUGUCGACAUAGGUACGUUCAGUAUUUACGAUGUUUUUCCAUAUAUUUAGAGCUAGUGACCGUUGAAUAUAUAUAUUCACACUGAAGUUGAUUUAAUCCAUGAAUGUAUAUGUUCGAAUGCUAGUUGCUAAGUCAAUCCGAUUACUUGAUUACUUAUUUUCUUGCAGAAUAUAAUCAUUAGCUGCUUGUUAUUGCAUUUGACAAUCCUAGGCUGAGAGUAUUUCACUGAACACACACAUGAAGAUUUUCUCUUGUUAGAUUCAUUCAAUCAUUUCCCUCAAAAUGUAGAGAAGUGAAUUUAACUAAACUUGCCCAGGAACGCAUUUUUCCAUCUUGAAUAAAGGCAAUAAAUAUUCAUACUGAUAAGACUGGACUAUCCAAUUGUGUGGCUAUUCUUCCUUUAAUAUCGCCCUUUGAUAAUUUGCUUGAAGUCUAGGUUUGGUUAAUGUUCGAUUUUUCUAUUUAAACACUCUUGAAAGAUGAAUAAGGUUGGCCAUUUGAUUGU